CUGACGACAAGAGAUGGAUUUUCGAGUGUUUGCAAUUCUUCCAGCGGCUGGUUGUGGGGAGAGGACAGGCUUAGAUAUUCCUAAGCAGUACUGUGAUGUGUUGGGUCGUCCACUAAUUGUCUAUACACUGGAGUGUUUCCAAAGGAUACCAUGGGUUGAGAAAGUGCUACUCGUCAUAGCAUCAGACAGAGAAGAAUACAUGAAAGAGCUGGUCUCGCGUUACAAACUCACAAAGGUAGAUCUCGUCAACGGAGGUCCAGAUCGUCAUCGUUCGAUUCAAAACGGCGUCAAGCAUCUGAGGGAUUGCGUUUUAGAGAGGGCGGAGGAUGGUGAGCCAGCCGGAGAGGUGGGGAGGAGAAGUAUACCUCCUACCGAGGAGGAACCGGUGGUUAUCGUUCACGACGCUACAAGACCGUUUGCUGAUGAAGAUAUUCUACUCAAAGUAACAUUAGCUGCAAAGAAACAUCGGGCAGCUGGAGCCGUCCUGCCACUUGUCUCCACCAUUCUCGAAAGUGACUCACACGACGUGCUCGUCCAGUCACUGACCAGGUCAAAGUUCAGGGAAAGCCACACCCCUCAGGCCUUCACGUGGACCACCCUGGAAGCUUCAUACAGUAAGAUAUCAGAGCAUGAUUUGGAACACGGCACGGAGGUAUUGGACCUUGCCUUCAAGCAUACAGGUUGUAGAGCUAAGUUGGUGAAAGCACCGGACUAUGUUUGGAAGGUUACCUUCAAAAAAGACUUCAUGGCUGCUGAAAACUUUAUCAAAGCUCGGAGUUCUGAGGUAUACCUCCUGUGUAGUGAGCCAACAUUGAGUGAUGCAUUGAAAAGGCUCUACGACUGUUUAGCAACUCGCAGCCUAAAGGUUCAGAUUGUGUCUGCAAUACCAGAUGGGGUCACGUCCAGCCAUAUAACUGCUCUGUGUCACUUGGUGGAGCCGCAACAACAGGAAGCAGACAUAAUUUGUGAACAGAACCUGAAUGCACUAGUCUCCAAAUCAGCCAGCGGUUGCCUCCUAGCCUGUGUAUGCUCUGUGUCAGAUGAUGAUGACAGUACGCUAAGAUUUUACAGACGGCUUGCAAGGAGACUAGCUGCCCAUGGGGAGAGCCAUAGAGUGAAUGUGUUUAUCGUUGUAUACACAUCCACGCGGAAGAAGGACCAUGGAACCGUCUCAAGAGCAUGUGCCAUGACAGCUUCGUUAAUAUUUGAAAGGAAUCCCUUGAUGAGCGGUCAACUGUUUGUUGUUUCUGACAAAGAUUAGAGCCACCAUUUGCAUCAAAUGUGACGGUGAGAGAGACACUAAGCCCUCCUACUCUUGGUGCUAACCCUAACCCUAGCUAAAACAUCUGACGUCGCACGUUCAAGGCUUGUGAAUUAUCAUAGGGUGCGUUCGAUUAGCUUCCCUGGGUCUACCCCCCGGUGCUCACUCGGGUUAGCCCCUGACUAGAGCUAAAUUAACGAUCACUCAUCGCUCAUGUAGUGACGUCAUGCACCUGGGGCCAGCCCCCAAGUGACCCACUACAAGCAGGGCACUGGGUGCUGACCCGGCUGAGCCCCUGGAAUGACGUCAAAGCUAUUCGAACGCACAGGGGCGGACUGGGUCAACCCAGGAAAGCUAAACGAACGCACCCAUUGAUACCCGCCUUGAGCGUACAUGUACUUCAGGAUCCAGACGACCUCACAUUCAUUUCACUUGCAGAUUCACAGUCAAAUCCUAUGUACAUGUAUACAUAUAAAACAAUCUACAUGCAUGUACAUGUACAUGUAUACAAACAUUGUUCACGCUGCAUGGAGACGACCGAAAGUGCCGCUGACAAACAUCGUCUCGGAACCAAUCAAAACACAGAUACAUGUAUAUAUGGAAAUCUUACAUCACUGCACAUUUAUCCAAUGAAAUCAUUGUAUCCUGUAUCCAAUGAAAUCAUUGGGUCUGUCAAGCCAGUGUCUGUCUUUAUCCCUGCAGAUAAAGACAGGGGACCAGUCUCGUGGCAACCAACCAUUUGAAAACGUUCGCUUCCACAGCUUAAAUUCCAAACCCAGGGUCAUUUUGUGGUAGAGUACGUAACUUGCAACCACAAGGUCUGCUGUUGAAAUCCACGCCAUUACCUGCAAGAAGCUAUCACAGCUUCUUCCCAAUUCAGGGUACACUUUGUGGUAAACCACUUUACUUACAAGUGCAAGGUCUGCUGUUCGAAUCUUCUGUAGAAAUAAAAUUUAUAACUUUCCAUAAUAUGCAUGAAGCGUCUACAGUUUUUAAUUCCUGGGUUUAUUUUUUGCGGUUGAUCACUUAACUUGCAACCAAAAGGUCUGCAGUUUAAAUCCACAUCAGAAAAACCAUAAUUGAUAACUUGCCAUUGUAUGCAACAAGCUAAACCACAGCUUCCAAAUCCAGGGUUUAUUUUUGCGUUCAACGACUUUACUUGCAAUCAUAAGGUCUGCUGUUCGAAUCCACAAGUCAACUAAAAUUUAUACCUUGCCAUUACAUGUAUACAAGAAGCUUCCACAGCUUCCAAAUCCAGGGUUUAUUUUUUUAGUUGACUACUUUACUUGCAAUCACAAGGUCUGCUGUUCGUAUACAUAUAUACAAGCGUAGGUUAAUUUGAAAACUUGCCAUUUUAUUUGACACUCUUCUAUUAAGCUUCUCUCGAAAUGCAGGGUUCAUUUUCAGGUAGACUGCUUCACCUGCAAUCACAAGGUCCGCUGUUUGAAUCCAAGUUGGGGCUGUAUUGAUAACUCAUCAUUAUGCUUGAACAUGGUGUGAAUAUCACCUACUAUGGUAAUGCACUUUCUUUCAUGAUGUAUAGUUUUGGCAUUUUACAUUGUAAAUCAUUUACUUUUUUAUCAUCUACUUUUUGAGCAAUAUUCUUUUUAUAUUUGUUUAUUUUUAAGUCUUUCUACUGGUAUUGUACAAUUGUAUUUGAGCAGCAUUUAAUAAGCUAUAAAUACUGGGUUUUUUUUUGUAUUCUGCAUUUGUAGCAGAAUGUUUUCUAUUUUUGAGGACAUCAUGGUGGAAACUCAAGCUGGAUUUGAGUAAGUUUUUUUUUCACAAGGAACAACAAAGUGUUGAUUUUCUUGUAGAAAGAUGGAAAUAAUGAACUAAAUUUACAAUAAAUUAAUGGGAGACAUUAACACAUGGGGAUAAUUAUUAUUAUUGUUGAUAUAGACUGUGCAAGUCUCACAUGCAUUUGAACUUCCAGGACCAACUGUGAAGUUUAUGACUGUAAAAGUUGUGUCUUAAAGGCAGUGGACACUAUUCGUAAUUACUCAAAAUAAUUAUUAGCAAGUAACCUCACUUGUUUUCAUUCAUAUCCCGUAACCAAUUGAGCUCAAAUUUUCACAGGUUUGUUAUUGUAUGCAUAUAUUUAGAUACACCAAGUGAGAAGACUGGU